AUGGAACCCGCAGUGAAGGAGAGUGUCUCCCGUAUUCCACUGCUCAAGACGAAGGCAGGUCCACGCGACAAUGAGAAGUGGACGCAGCGCCUGAAGGAGGAGUACAUGUCCCUUAUCCAGUACGUGGAGAACAACAAGGCGAGUGACAACCACUGGUUUCAGCUGGAGAGCAAUGAGGCCGGCACCCGGUGGUACGGUACCUGUUGGACGUACUACAAGAACGAGAAGUAUGAGUUUAAGGUGAGCUUUGAUCUCGCCGUGACGUAUCCGCAGGCCCCACCGGAGAUCGCCCUACCCGAACUGGAGGGCAAAACGGUUAAAAUGUACCGCGGAGGCAAAAUAUGCAUGACAACGCAUUUCUUCCCACUGUGGGCACGGAAUGUCCCAUACUUUGGCAUCAGCCACGCGCUUGCGCUGGGCCUGGGGCCGUGGCUGUCUGUUGAAGUGCCGGCUAUGGUGGAAGAGGGCGUUUUGAAACCCACCGCCAAGAAGUAG